AUGGCUGCCGGGAACCCUGGCUACCACCUUCCUGGUGAGGAACCACUGCAGCAGGACAGUAUGGCCGAGGCCAGGUCGCGGCUGCGGCUGGCCGUUGUGUGCUCCAGCAACCAGAACCGGAGCAUGGAGGCCCACCACUUGCUUCGGAGGCGGGGAUUCCUCCGCGUCCGUUCCUUUGGCACCGGGACUUACGUGAGGCUUCCGGGGCCAACGCCCUCCAGGCCCAACGUGUAUGAUUUCCAAACCACCUAUGAGCAGAUGUACCAAGAUCUCGUUCAGAAAGAUGAAGAUCUCUACAGGCAGACCGGCAUUUUGGGCAUGCUGCAGAGAAACAAGCGAAUCAAGCCCCGGCCGGAAAGGUUCCAGAACUGUUCCGACGAAUUCGACCUGAUCCUCACCUGCGAACAGAGAGUGUUCUGCCGCGUGGUGAGGGAGCUGGAUGCCAGGGAGCGGGUGACCUGGCAGCGGGUGCAUGUGAUCAACGUGGAUAUCCUGGACGACGACACCGAAGCCAUAUUGGGGUCGUUCCUCCUCUUUGAGCUGUGCCAGUGCAUUCUCCUCGUGGAUAACAUGGACGAGGAACUGGUGGAGGUGCUGCAGCUGUUCAAGGCCAAAUUAGGUCUGCCCUUCCUGCACGCCGUCUGCUUCUACUGA